AUGAAUUCGCGUCUGUUCCGGAAGAAGAAAGGCACCAAAGUCCUCGAAUCGGAUAAUUCGAAGAUGGAAAUCUUUUGGGAUCUGUCCAAAGCUAAGUAUGAUACUAGUGGUCCUGAGCCAGUUGAUGGUUUUUAUAUCCUGGUCAUGGUUGACUCAGAAAUAGGCCUAAUUCUAGGUGACAUGGCUGAAGAAGCUUUAGCCAAGAAGUUCAAGACUAGUGCAACCCCUGUUGCUAAGGUUUCUUUGGUUUCAAGGCAAGAGCAUUGUUCGGGAAAUGACAUUUAUUCCACCAAGGCUCAAUUCAGUGACACAGGCAUUGUACAUGACAUUUUGAUCAGAUGCAGUGGAGAAAAUGAUGGCUUAAAGCAUCCGGUUUUAUCAGUUUCCAUCGACAAAAAGACGGUCAUUCGCGUAAAGAGGCUGCAGUGGAAUUUUAGAGGCAAUCAGACAAUUUUUUUAGAUGGGUUGCUGGUUGAUCUGAUGUGGGAUGUUCAUAACUGGUUCUUCAAUCCUUCAUCAAGGUAUGCAGUGUUCAUGUUCAGAACAAGAAGUGGAAUGGAUAGCAGGCUGUGGUUGGAAGAGAAGUUGGUUCAGAAGGAGCAGGACAGAGUUGAAUUCUCCUUGUUGAUCUAUGCCUGUAAGAGCUCAUAA